AUGUAAAGAUUAAUGAUUUAGAAUUUGAUUAUUUAUUAAAAAGAAAACAAGAGUUGUCAAUACAAGAUUAAGGAGAUCAAAUUAAUUCUUAAUUUAGAGAAUUGUAAAACAUAUGAAUAAAAAAUAUACCUCAUAAUUAAUUUACAAAUAAAUGAUGGGGUUUAAUAAUUUUAGUAUUUAAUUAAAACUCUCCUGAGAAAUCAGAUCUUAGAUAAGUUUCAUUUGAUAAAUUUUCUGAAGAAAAAGAGAUUAUCGAAGAGUAAGUGUAGAAGCUAGAUAAAAAAUAAUAGUUUUCAACUUAACAAUUAAAAUUAGAUAUUUAUUAAUUUUUUGAAGAUUUAGACACAAUUUAAUUAAAAUAUUUCACUUAAUAAUAAAUGUUUUUUGAUUUUUUAAAAAUAGGUGUAUUGAUCAAAGGUUAAACUUUAAUGUAAUAAAAGCCUUUUGAUUAUGGAGGAUUUGAAAAAUUUUAUAUUGUUAUAAAUAACAACAUUUUAUAGUCUUAAAAACUAAUAUAUCUUUUGAAAUAGGAGUUUGAUUAAUUUAAGAAAUCAGAAACGGAUGUUGUUAAUUGAAGUAAGGACAAAAGUAUGACUAAUAUUAGGUAGUUUUUAAGAAAGUAAAUCUGAAUGUAAAAUUUGAAAAUGUGAUAUUCAUAUACAAAACAUUAGAUAGAUAAAGAAGCAGUUUACUAGGUAUUCUAGAUGAAGAAGGAGAUUUCCUUAUAGUUUCAAUUGUAAUUCAACCUAAUAAUAAAUAACAAUCUAAUUAUUCUAAAUACUAUUAUUUAUAUUAUUGUAAUUAUCGAUAAUUAAGAGUGUGUAGAUCGAUAAUCAUUUGA